CCUAUAUAAGACACGUCUAAAUUAAAUAAAAAUCAGUAAGCCAGAAUUACAAUAUUUCCAAACUCAAUACUACACUCCAGUAGGGGGCGCUAAUGCACCUUAAAGCGGUUUACAAACUGUCAUGAAACAUAAUAGAAGAAGAUGGUCGUCCUGAGAAGAAAUAGCAGGAGAAAUCCAUGCAGAAACAGUUGAAUUCUGUGUGCUGUAAUAUAGUAAAUAUGGAGUUUAUUAAACAGGAGAUUGAAGACAUGAGUGAUCCAGAACUAUCCAGAAUAAAACAUGAAGAUACUGAGGAACAAAUAGACUGGAUGAAAGUGAAGCAGCAAAGACAAGACCUGAAUGAAGCAGAGGAAAUUCAUACCUUCACAUCUCAAGGAACAAAACCUAAAAAGCUGCAAAUCUGCUCUCAGUGUGGAAAGAGUUUCACACAAAAAAGAAACCUUAACAUACACAUGAGAAUUCACACUGGAGAGAAACCGUAUAAAUGCACUCAGUGUGGAAAGAGUUUUACUUGUGCAUCAGGUCUCAGUAAUCAUCUGCCCAUUCACUCUGGAGAAAAACCAUUUAACUGUGAUCAGUGUGGUAAAGAUUUUAUUUCAUCAUCAAGUCUAAAACAACACCUGAAAGUUCAUUCAGGCAAGAAGCCUUAUGUGUGUUCUGUCUGUGGAAAGAGUUUUACAUGGCUGAAAAAUUUUAAAUUGCACCAGAAAAUACAUAAUGAAGUGAGAGAUCAUGUGUGCUUUGACUGUUGGAAGAGCUUUACUACAUCUGCCCAACUGAAACGACACCAAAUAAUUCAUACUGGAGAAAGACCUUACAAGUGCUCAUCUUGUGACAAGAGUUUCACUCGGUCUACACAUCUGAAAUCACAUGAGCGAAUUCAUACUGGAGAGAAACCUUUCAAAUGUCAUCAGUGUGGAAUUUGUUUUGCACAGAAGGACAGUCUUAACAAACACAUGAGAGUUCACACUGGAGAGAAACCGUAUUCAUGCACUCAGUGUGGAAAGAGUUUUUCUCAAUCAUCAGGUCUCAGUGUUCAUCUGCGCAUUCACUCUGGACAAAAAAACAUUUAACUGUGAUCAGUGUGGUAAAGAUUUUACUUCAUCAUCGAGUCUAAAACAACACCUGAAAGUUCAUUCAGAUGAGAGGGUUUGGUUUUGCAUGCAAGGACAGUCUUAAAGGGUUAGUUCACCCAAAAAUGAAAUUUCUGUCAUUAAAUACUCACCCUCAUGUCGUUUCACACCCAUAAGACCUUCGUUUGUCCUCAGAACACAAAUUAAGAUAUUUUUUGAUGAAAUCCGAGGGAAUCUGAUCCACACAUAGGCAGCAAUGUCAUUGCAUCUUUUGAGGUCCAGAAGGUUAUUAAAGACAUUGAUAAAACAGUCAGCGUGACUACAGUUGUUCAACCUUAAAGUAUUAGUUCACUUUCAAAUGAAAAUUAGCCCAAGCUUUACUCACCCUCAAGCCAUCCUAGCAGGCCCGAUUCUAGGAUUGUGUGACUGGGAGCAUAUUUCGAAAACUUGUUGAGGUAUUGUAGUGUUGGUUGGUCACAUUUUAUUUGAUUUAUGAUUCUUUUUUUUUUUUUUAAACUACUUAACAAAUUAUGAUUGUUUAUUGCACCAAAAGUAAUUUGAGAGGAACUUUAAAUAUAUGUACAGUUCAAGUCACAUUAUGUUUACAUAUAGACCACAAGACAUUAAUAAAUGUAUUUUUCCUUUCCUAUAGACGGGUUUCUUGUAUACAAACAAUACUGGAUGCUCGUGCAUUCAGGGGGCUAAACCGCUAAUGAGUCUUAGGCCAGAAAAACGCUUAACGUGGCUAAGAAAGUGAUAUAAACAGACCAAGCUCAGUAAACAUCAUACUAUUAAAUCAUACUAUGUACAGAAAAGCAGAUGAGCCCGGAAUUUGAAUGCAACGCAUUUAAUUACAUGUUGUGUUUUCCUCCCAUAGAAAACCGUUAUAAAGAAAAACCGUAACGUCACUUAGUGUACCGUACUAUGGCCCGGUUUCACAGACGGGGCUUAGACUAAGCCAGGAUUAGGCCUUAGUUCCAUUAGGGUAUUUAAGUAUCUUUUAUAAACAUGCCCUAGAAAAAAAACAUUACUGGUGUGCAUCUUGAGACAAAACAAUGGCACUGACAUAUUUUAAGAUAUAUAAGUUGCUUUCAGUUCAGACAGCUCAAACAUGCAUUUUAGUCUAGGACUAGCUUAAGCCUUGUCUGUGAAACCGGGGGUAAGUGAUAUUAAAAGAUCAAAUUCUUCAGAAACCAAUUUUUCUGUAUAGUAUGCUUUAUUAGUAUACUGUUUACUAAGUUUGGUCUUCAUGCAAUUCGUGGCAUGUAACGUUUUGCAGAACUCGACAUAAAACCUGUAGAAUAUUGUAACGUUAAUCAACCAUUGUAAUUAAUGUAGAUUUCGCAUUGUUUGUAAAUUCUUUUUGACUCAAUAAUAAACUGCCAUUUUAGAGUUGGA